CAGAAAAUUACGAUACUCGGUAGAAGGAACAUGAGUGAUAAAGUUCGCAAUGAUACGACGUGAACCAGCCAUAAGUUAUUUCGUCUCUCUGCUUAUUGAACUCGAGCGUUCACUGGAAUUAAUUAAUCGAAAGUAGAUUAGGACUGACGUUCGAUGUUUUCAAAUAUCGCAAAUAGUUUGUUGCAGCUGUUCACUUGACUACGUUCAAGUCCACUUGCGAAACGCCUGAACGCGUUUCUCGAAACUAGUUUUCGUGGUCAGCAGGAUUAAUGACACGAAAGUGAUCGCGUAGGUCUCUGCGGCGUAGAAGUGGCGUGGAACAGAGCGUUCGCCGGGCAUGUUUAGACGAAAGUGACAGUGAUUAGUGACCACGGUGCAUACCUCCGCGGAGCGCACGGCAACGCGGGACUCCUUUAUGAUUUCGCAAAAUUGAACGAAUCGUUGUGCAAAAGUGGCCGGUGAAAGUGACCAAGUUUCUCUCCAGAAGUUUCUUUCACUGCAGGAAAAAAGCGAUAGCAAAAAAAAAAAAAAAGGGAGAACAUCGUCCUCGUAGAUUAAUCUUCGUUAAACGAACAUGUGCGUUACUAUAAAUUUCAAGAUCGCAUCAGUUUCCAAGAUAUCGCGUGAUAGCGAUAAGUGUUAACGCGGAACCGUGUCGAAAUAUUAUUCAAAAUUUGUAAUGUACGUUUCGCGUUAUGAAGGGCAUUUCUUCUUUUUUUUUCAAUAUUCAGAGAAAAUUAAGUUUCUACGCUAUGCAAGUUAAUGGUCUAACGAUCACACGUUUAAGUUGCACAAUUUUUUUCUUACAUAAAUAUCGCGAGUGAUCAAAAAUCCAGUGGCAAGGAUGUAAUUUUAAAUAUUUCGCGAUUAAAGGAUUGAGUCAUUCGUUAGCCUGUUGAAUAACGUGUUAGAUAAGCAAAGUCCAGAAAUUUGAUACGUGUUUAGUGAUUUGGCUAUUUGUAUGUGAUUGUAACAAUGAGAAACCGGAAAAAGAAUGAUUACUUCCGCACGUCACGCGUUGGACAGGUGGUUGAUCGGUGGCGAACGAGACGGCGAGCAAUUAACGAAAUAUGCAAUUAAAAGACCGAAUAGACAGGGAUAAUUGAAACAUCCAUGGGUGGAAAGGAGGAAGAAGAGGCUGGGGACGUAGCCGUCAAGAUGCCGGAGGCCACUCUGAAAAUAUUCAACGGUGUACAGUACAUGGGUUCGUUUCCUGUGGCAAUUCCCGACAUUGCCAGCCGAGCUGAGUACGUACGCUCCCAGUUGGAGACCCUUAGAUAUAGUGAUCGGUCCACGCCCGUUCUCCUGAUAGUGUCGCUCGCGGGUAUUAAAGUAUGCAGUCCAGAUGGAAAAUGCGUGCAAAUGGCGCACGCGUUAAGGCGCAUCUCGUACGCAACCUGUGAACCUCAGCACGCUCAAUUCAGCUUCCUCGCCCGAGAGCCUAGAGCGCACUUCAGCAUACAAUAUUGCCACUCUUUUAUCACCGAAUCUGCAGAACAGGCGGAGGAGUUAAACACCAUUGUCGGCAAUGCUUUUCGUAUGGCAUACGUGGCGCAGCUUCAGCGCCAACCGAUCCUUCAAGAUGUGAUCUCACCGCAAUCAUCACCACCCUACCGAAAGGACAAACAAGAGAAUCGAUCUUCGUGGACACCGAACUCGAUCCCGGGUCUACGGCCGACGCACAACUUUACGAACGUCCUCGGCCCUAUUACGAACGAGGAUGAGCCAAAGAGUAUCUCUCAGCAGAGCACACCGAGCAGCGAUGAGAGCAACUCACCGACGGAACUAAACUCGUACAAGAGACUAACGGACAAGCCACCUCUGAUAAAGCGGCUGGCGAUGGGUUUGACAGGUGGACGUGACGUUCUUGGACUGAACGGUGAGGAUGACAGCUGCCCCCUCGUCAGUGGUAGCAGCACACCGACGAGCCCAUCAAACAGGCCGCAUUCUGGGGGUUAUAUAAACGAGGCGAUCAUCGACUCUGAGGGUACGAGACCAACCUACAACAAGAUACCCCCGUCUGAGAGCCUGGAUAAUACUAUCAACGCGUCUAUUACCGCGAAAAACUUCAACAUUGAGAACAACAGGAUAGGACACAAUUCUCCGAGCUCUGGCACAGAAACAGAAUUCAAAUCGAAGAGAAGAUCUCAGAUCAGCACUUCGAGCAGUUCGGUACCCGCUGAUGGAAGCACGCACGGUUCCACACCGACCCCACCACCUCUUCCUGAAAGAACGGAUAGUCUCAAUAAUCGCAGUGAAGAAGCUGAACUGCGCAAAGCUCCCUGGUUCCAGGCUGGAAUACCAAGGGAAAUAACGCUGGAAGUGUUGAGCCAAGAGCCGGAAGGAGCCUUCAUGGUGAGAGAGAGCACCAGUAAACCCGGAUGUUAUGCCCUUUCGCUUCGAGUGCCGCGCGAAUUCCAACCAAGCGGAAUAGCCCAUUAUCUCAUAAUGCGCACGAACAAAGGCUACAAAAUCAAGGGCUUCACAAAGGAAUUCACAACUCUGACCGCCCUAAUUACUCAUCACUCGGUGAUGCCAGAAUUACUGCCGUGCCCGUUGUCAUUAAGUCGAUACAACCCUAGCUUUGUGAAAAGCGAUUCCAACAAAGACUUCGCGGACAUCGAUUCAGACCCCGAUUACAAUACCUUAGCCGAUUUCCGUAAAAUGAUGGCUGACCUGAACGUCUAGAAAAAGCUGGCAAUCAGGACGAUCUGGUAAAAUCGAUGCUUUCACCGACGCUCUUCGAACCGAACGAUUAAAGCGAAUUCGUUCAGACUACGAGAAAUUGAAACGCGUUUCACGAUACAAUCGUGUACGAGAUCACGUAAAUGCGGGUACAGGCACGAAGAGUUCGUGAAAUCAUUGAAACGUGUUUUUAUCUUGAAUUUCAUAUCGUCCUCGGUCGAUCAUGUUCGUCGAUUAAUAAAGAAAUUUCUUGAUCGCGUAACGAGCUAAUUUGCUGCAACGAUUCAUCGCAUACUCGAGAAUGAAAUGCGUCGCACGUUCGAAUGAUUCUGUACGUUGCCGCGGUGAUAUGUAUUUCAUAAGUCAUCGAUAACGAUAGGAAACAUAGCGUAAGUAAUUUAACGACCGCCGCUAUUCAUGGAAAUAACAGCGAAUCAAAAGUCGGAGGACGCAUAGCAGGGAAACUGAUUCCUUAUUUUAUAGAUCGAGUCGCAGGGUUCGCGUUAAAUCGACGAGAAACUAUCGAUAUCCAUUUCACUGAAUUAAUUCGUUAACAGUCCACGAGGAUCGCUCGACGCGUGCCGAUACGCCUUGACGCUGACUCUGCGAUAGAAAAUUUCGAAUGACAACUAGUUUACAGCAUUUUCGAUGAGCUAGUUUAUUGUAGAAUUUGGAUGGAAUAAAAGUUAUCACAAAAAAUGAGAUAAGUAUAUUUUUUAAUGUUACUGCGAAUGUCUCUUGAAUGGUUUUCUCGUUCCGGACGAAUGUGUGAAAUCUUAUACUGUUGAAUUUAGUUUAGAAAUCGAAGGUUAUUUGACAGCGUUGCAUUACCCGACAACAAUCGUCAAAGCAGAAGCAAAAGAAAAAAAAAAUGAUAAAAUUUACUAAUAAAAUAUUAUCAGAGGAGUUCAACAUAUUUAGCAGAUCGAUGUACGUGACUUUGAACAGGACGACAAUGCAAUGAGAUUUUUCGUAAUUUUCGAUCGAUUGAAAGGAGGAUUAUUAAAAUCCUUCGAGGAUUCUACCAUUAGAAUUUCACGCGGCUAAAUAGUGUUUUACAAAAUUAAUGUAAAUGUGUUUAUAUGUAUAUAAAUUAUAAUUAUUGUUAUACGAUACUACUCAUAUUUAAUUAAAUGACAUUGACGGCAUCGUUAGGAGGAACUAUACCCAUGAGACAGUGACAACAGGAAGCGUAGAAUACCAUGGAAUUUUGAAGCCGACGAAAGAAAUAAUUUUACACUGAUAAUUUAAUUGCUCGACUAACCUAGUCUUGUACAGAAUUUAUGCGCGCAUAGUUGAUAUUAAAAAAAGAGAAGAAGGAAAGAAUAAGCAACUGUAUAAUCAUAUGUGCGUAUUAAUUAACAUACAAUCGAUAAACGAGAAAAAUCGGAGACUAUGUGCCGCUUUUUAUACGCCCAAGGACAUGAAAUUUUAAGAAUACAAUUCGAUAGAAAUCUUGCUUCAUCGUUUUUUCGAUAUACGAAAUGACAAGGAAUGAUAAAUUAAAAUUUAGAUAACUAUCAUCGAAUUCAUCGAAUAAUAUGAACGCGUUAGAUCAGAUUUUAGAAAACGGCAGACUGUCGUUGAUUUAUCCUACAAAGUAACGCGAAUGAGACACAUGAUAACUGACAAAUAAUAAAAUAGUAUUUUAAUAAGGAGUUUACCCACGUUCAAAUAUCUGGUAUUAAAUUAAACACAAUACCCAAUCCCUACAAUGCUAGAGCAUUUACGUAUAAAAUCGAUAAAUGUGUCUUGUAUUCAUUUAUUUAAACCGUAUCAACACGAAAAUGUAACAUCUACAAUGCGGACUUGAAAAUAUAAGAUAAGCAAAAAUACGAAGACUAAAAUCACUUACUUAGCCAUCUUUGACAAAAACAUGAAAUAAGACUUCAGCAUGAUUUUUAGCUAGUUUGUGAACGUUCACCGUACUUCGACAUUGAAAAGAAGGUAUAGAAUGAUCUGCGUAUUGCCAAAUUGAUAAACAUUUAUUAAGAUAAAUGCGCAAAGAAAAUAGAAGGAAAUUAAUAAAUCGUUGUAAGCUACGCUAAGCAAGACAUUAAUCACUGCUUGAAGUUUGUAACGUUUUACGAAUUAUUAUAGCAAUGCGUUGUAUAAUUUCAAUAAAAUUAUUUAUUACAAUAAAUAUUAGACAUUAUAGUCAA